AUGGUUAAAUCCCUCGUCAAGCAGCACCCCGAUCUCCUGGACGUGGAUAUUGCCCCUGGUUGGGGUUCUCCCCUGAUUUUCGCUAUAGCCAAGAACCCUGACUGCCUCAGUAUUCUCCUGAAGCCGGGCAUCGAUAUCAACAAGCUUUCUUCCUUCAACCCUAAAUUAUAUGGCCAAGACAUUUGGGGCGACUCGUAUGCUCCAAUUUCGUGGGCAGUUGUGACCGGAAGUGAAGUUGCUGUGAAUUUCUUGCUGUCACGAGCGGAGGUCAACAUACCUAAUAAUAUCCUGUACAACGGUGUUGCGUCAUACGAACCGUCGCACGAAUCCAUCCGCAAAUUUCGUCAACGCGGCGUGGAUGUCAAUUUCACAUUCAACAGUUAUACCCCUAUCCAUUAUUUCCUCUCUUUCCCCGAUCGGCAUAACAAAAGCCAACUGCUACCCGUCGUCAAAGCGCUCGUUGAACCAUCUUGUAAUCUUUCUUUGCAAGACCGGACUGCCAGAACAGUACUACACAUUGCUCUUGAUGCACGUCUAGAAGACAUUGUCGUAUACCUUCUCGAGCAAAACGCAGGGCUGUCAGCAACUGCGACUCUCCUUCCAGACAUGUGGAGCUGGGCUACAAACAAGAUGUGGUUUCCAAAGGUUCAGGCAGCGGCUCUUGCUGCUGAUCAACUGUUUGCAGCCACUGCAGACCGUGAUAACCCCAAUCCGAUUUGCGCUGUCGUUGUUUCAGCGAUACUCAAUGGCGAGCUGUUGUUGGAUUGCAAGGGCAUCAGUGUCGGCCUUUCAAACCGUAAUCAGUCACUCCAAAAGGACAUCCAAGACUCCCCGAUAGAUGAUUUCCUCAGACUCGAACACUACUUUAAAUGGUCACCAGGGCAGCGUGUCUCUAGUCGCUUGUUCGACCAUCAUCAAGGAGACCAAGUUACCAGGAUACUUCAGCAGUUAACCGAAGAUAAAGACAUGACUGGCACCUCCCUUUUUCUUCAGAUGACCAAGAGCGAGUGGAACACCGAAGUCUUUGAACGUGUGGUCGAGUUCGUACUCGAUAUCUACAGAGGUCCUUUACUUAGUCUUGAGGUAUGUGAUAAUUCUUCCCAAACAUCCGAUGUUCUCUGGCAUCUUUACGGGCAGGAAGACAUGGAGUGA